CGGAGCCAGAGAAAAGAGGGAGGAAUACUUCUUCCUGCCCAGGGCCCCUGGGUUCCUUCUUUUCUGUCUGCCCACUGCACCCGGGCCGUGUCUGGGUGCCAGGCUCCUUCCCCCAUCCCCACAGCAGUGCCCGCCAUGGCUAAAGCCUACGACCACCUCUUCAAAUUGCUGCUGAUUGGGGACUCAGGGGUGGGCAAGACUUGUCUGAUCAUUCGAUUUGCGGAGGACAACUUCAACAGCACUUACAUCUCCACCAUUGGAAUUGACUUCAAGAUCAGAACUGUGGACAUUGAGGGGAAGAAGAUAAAACUUCAGGUCUGGGACACAGCAGGACAAGAGAGAUUCAAGACUAUCACAACUGCCUACUACCGUGGGGCCAUGGGUAUUAUUCUUGUCUAUGACAUCACAGAUGAGAAAUCCUUUGAGAAUAUUCAGAACUGGAUGAAGAGUAUCAAGGAGAAUGCCUCAGCAGGGGUGGAGCGUCUUCUGUUGGGAAAUAAGUGUGACAUGGAAGUGAAGAGGAAGGUGCAGAGGGAACAGGCAGAAAAGCUGGCCCGAGAACAUGGAAUUCGAUUCUUUGAGACGAGUGCUAAGUCAAGCCUAAAUGUGGAUGAGGCCUUCAGUUCUCUAGCCAGGGACAUAUUGUUCAAGUCGGGUCGGAGAUCAGUGAGUUGCAACAAGGCCCCCCCAACUACUGAUCUGAAGAGCUGUGAGAAGAAGAGUGGCACCAAGUGCUCCUUGGGUUAAUAGCUGCUGAUGACCCCAGUCCAAGACCCAUCCUCUCAGCCCCUGGCCCAGAGGCUGGACCUGCUGGAUUUCAGGGAGAGGGAGAGAAAAGGAGGGGAAAAAAGGAAGAGGAAUUAUCUUGGGGACUUGGAGAAUUGGGAGGGGCAGAAGGAGAAAAGUGGGGGAGGGAGAG